AUGUAGUAAUAAUAAUAAUAACUAAAAGACUUUAAAUUUAAGAAAGUACUUUAAAACUCUGCAGAAACCUAGACUUUAGUACUUUUAGGUUACUUUGAAGAUGAAACUAAAGAAGCCAUUUUGAUUUUUAAGAAGAAGCCAUUUUUAGAUGAGUAUAAAAAUAAUUUGAAUAAAAUCAUAAAUUAAAAUAAGUACUUUGAAAAUGAUAUUUUUACAAGGUAUAAUAUUGAACUGCAAAAUGAUGAAUGGAAUGAGGUAGAUUUGUAAACAAUCUAUCCUGCCACAUAAAAAUUAAUAAAUAAAUAUACAAAAUGUGAUUCAAUAAUAGUAGUUGAAACACCUGAGAUAUACAACAGUAUUGUAAAGAAAUAUAUUGAUGAAGUUAAACUGAAUAGUUUGUAGUGGCUUUAUAAUAUCUUAGAAGGAAAAGCAGAAUAAGAAAGAAUUUUAUACUAAAAUUAAGAUCUACAUACAGGAUUUAUUAUACUUCCAGAUUAUAAGUUUAAUGAUUUUACAAAUACUCAACAGCUAUAUUUAUUAGCUAUAACCUAGAGGAGAGAUAUUCAAUCUUUGAGAGAUUUAGAUGGAACUCAUAUAGAGCUAUUAGAGAAUAUUUUGAAAAUUACAGAAUAAACUAUUUAAGAGAAGUUUAAAAUCCACAAAAAUAAAAUUAGAGCUUACAUACACUAUCACCCUACUUACUACCAUCUGCAUAUUCAUUUUACUCAUAUAGAAGUCUAAGAAUCCUCAAUGAACUGCGAUCGUUCUCAUCCUCUCCACCAAGUUAUUUUUAAUUUAAAAAAGGAUCCCUAAUACUACAAAAAUACUGUUUUAAUGUACAGCUUAUAGAGCAAUAAUCCUCUAUACAGUUAGCUCAAACAAAUCACAGAAUAAUAGUGA